CUGACUCCUUAUUAAUAUUGAUUUUAGUUCUGUUAGCACAUUUGACGUCUUGUCAACUUCUCUUCAGUUUGGGAUAUCAUAAUAAAAUGAUUAUUAUACAAAUUAAUUAGUUUAUUUCAUUGGCGACGAGGAAUAUUUACUUCGCAAAAAUGUCCAUCGGGAGUAUAAAAGAGUUCAAUCUACAAGAUGGGAACUGGAAUUUCUAUACGGAAAGAUUGGAAAUGUAUUUUGCGGCGAACAGCGUAAAAAAUGACAAGAAGCUGCCUACGCUUAUUUCCGUGAUGGGAGAAGAUGCUUAUGGCCUUUUAGCUUCUUUGGCCAGCCCCAUACAGCCGAAGGAUUUAUCUUAUGAUCGUGCGGUAAAUAUAUUAUCUCAACAUUUGCAACCGAAACCAUCCAUUAUGGCUGAAAGGUACAAAUUUAGACAGCGGCGGCAAAUGACAACUGAAACAGUCGCUUGUUAUGUUGCGGAACUUAAGCGCCUGUCGAAAUACUGUGAUUUCGGAAAGUCUUUAGAAGAGAAUCUCAGAGAUCAAUUUGUUUGCGGCGUUAGCAGCGAUGUGAUUCGCCAAAGGCUGUUUGCGGAGGAAACCUUGACAUAUGAGACAGCGGUAAGGCUUGCCAAGUCAAUGGAAUCCGCGGAGCGAGAUGCGGCAUCAGUAGAGCGAACGGGAAUUGUUCACACUCAGGCUGGUAAUAUUACACCUGAGCUAAACAAGCUAAAUAUACGAGGAAAGCGUAAUGGAGAGGCAGGGCGACAAGAGGCAGCUUGUUCGACACGUGCUGAAGGAAAUAUGCAAUUUCAAGCAGAUUCGCCUAACGGUCUACCAUGCACUGUGUGUGGUUGGCGCAACCACACUGCGGUAAAAUGUAAAUAUCGACAACACACUUGUAGUAAGUGCAAAAAUGUCGGGCAUCUUCGUAGGAUGUGUCCGCUGGCUGAUAUUUCUUGCAGGAGAGACCCGUUAUCGACGAAUAGUCACAGGAAGACAAGAGGUGUCAAUUUUGUCGGGAGUAACGAUGUGGACGACACGGACUACUCAAGCUGUGAUGAUGAUUUUAUUAAUUAUUUGUCGCUGAGCAAGUAUCCACCGGUUAGUUUACCUUUGAUUGUUAAUGAUAAGGUUAUUAGUAUGGAGGUUGACACAGGUGCCCCCAUAGCGUGUAUAUCAAAGGAAACGUAUGACGCUAUGUUUGCUGACGUGCCGUUAAAACCGUAUAGUCAAGGGUUUAAUUGUUAUAAUAAGACAAAAAUUCAACCUGUCGGGGUAUUGAAACCGAAUGUUAAAUAUGGGGGAAUUUCCAAGAAUUUGGAAUUAUUUGUAAUGGAUAAAGGGACUACAUCUCUGCUCGGUAGGCAUUGGCUUACUGAAUUAAAAAUACCUACUAUGUGUAAACAUGCGAGUUGUGUUAAUAAUAUCGCUACGGAUGUGUCAUUAAAUGUUGAUGUAUUACUUGACAGGUAUAAGGAGAUUUUUGAUGGUGGCUUGGGACGGUUCAAUGGUGGAGAGAUACAGUUGCGAUUGCGUGACGGAGCGGUUCCUAUUUACUGUCGCGCUCGUCCUCUUCCGUACGCGCUGCUGCGGCGAGUGGAUAAUGAGUUAGACUCAAUGCUGCGCGAUGGAAUCAUAGAGCCGGUUGAUAGCUCGGACUGGGCUACGCCUUUGGUACCCGUAAGUAAAUCUGACGGAGGUUUGAGGCUCUGCGCGGACUAUAAGAUAACUUUAAAUCCGGUCUUGCUGGUUGACAGAUAUCCAUUGCCGCGCGUUGAGGAUUUACUUGUGACCUUAAAUGGCUCGCAGUAUUUCAGUAAGAUCGACUUGUCUCAGGCUUACAAUCAGUUAGUACUCGACGAAACAUCUAGAGACUUAACUGUUAUUAACACGCACAGGGGUUUGUUUAGGUAUAACCGUUUAGUAUUUGGAUUGGCAUCUAGUGCCGGGAUAUUUCAAAGAACUAUGACUAACUUAUUAAAAGGAGUGCAUCCGUCCGUCGGAAUUUUUCAAGAUGAUGUUAUUAUAGGCGGCAGUUCUAAGGAAGAACACCUUAAGGCUUGAGAUGCGGUACUUAAGCGAUUGCAUGAGAGUGGUUUGAAGGUUAAGAAAAGCAAGUGCGUAUUUCUAGUGAGCCAAGUAAAUUAUCUUGGGUAUGUUGUAUCUAAAGACGGUAUUGCGACUGAUCCGGCUAAGAUUGAGGCAAUGUUAAAGGUGCCUACUCCUAAAAAUGUCACAGAGUUACGAUCCUUUUUAGGGAUGGUCAACUUUUAUGGGAAAUUUGUUAAAAAUAUGAGUUCGAUAUUGAGUCCCAUGCAUGAUUUACUAAAAAAAGGAGCUGCUUGGAAUUGGUCACAUGAAUGUGAAAAGGCCUUUAUGACCAUUAAGCGGCGUUUAUCUGGAUCGAAGGUUUUA